UCAUUUGUUUACAAUUUGUCAAGUUGUCACUUGCCACGGACGCAAAGCAGCCGGCUCGUAAUUUUAGGCGAAGAUUUUGCGAAUUCUCUUUCCUAUAUUCGUUUUAAAAGCCAAAGAUGGCUAAUUUAAGUUCAGUUCUUGCCAAAUUUUAUAAUGAAUAUACUGUCCACACACCUAAAAGGCUCAAAAUAAUUGACGCAUAUCUGCUUUAUGUGCUUCUCACUGGCAUUAUUCAGUUUGUGUAUUGCUGUCUAGUCGGAACAUUCCCUUUCAAUUCAUUCCUCAGUGGUUUCAUUUCAACUGUCAGCUGCUUCGUCCUAGGAGUGUGUUUGAGACUGCAAGUGAAUCCUGAAAACAAAAGUCAAUUUUACUCUGUUAGCCCUGAGAGAGCCUUUGCUGAUUUCAUUUUUGCCCAUGUUAUCCUGCAUUUAGUGGUGAUGAAUUUUAUUGGUUAAACUGAAGGUACGCACUUGGAAAUGUUUUUUGUUUUAUUUUAAAUUAUUAAUCUGAGAUCAAACAAUUCUCUGACAUAGUUUAUGUGUCAGGUUGAUCCAUUUGAAGAAUAUUCAUGUCAGGAUAUCGAAGAUCUCUGAACCCUAAAAAUCCGACUUCAGUGAUUUUCCCUAUCUGUUUUCAAUUAUGAGGCCCUGUUAAAUGCAGUCCGCUGUAUUCUUGAUAUCACUUUAAGUAUGUUCUUUUUCUGCACUAGAGGUGAUAAAGCAGUGUUACAUGUUUUCCAAAAAUGCAAGCUUUUCAUGUAUUGUAGAUUAUGUUUGUCUAAUUAUUAAGAAAUUUGUAUUAUAACAUUUCUAUGAAGAGUCUCAAGCUCAUGAAUCUUUGAACAAAUGUAAAAAUGCUUUACAAAGAGGCUGCAGCAUAAUAAUGUGAAGCUGUCCUGUUAAUUAAACAAACUGAAAGCUCAAAUAAA